AUGACGCUCCGCGCCGAGAUCAUCUUUGAGACGGUCUUGGUUCGUAUCGAGAAGCAAGUGGAACUCCCAGUCGCGCCGCCGCUCUCUACGUCGCCGAAGCAGUACCAAGACGCGCUCGACCUUGCGUACGUUUUCGAUGUCUCGGCGUGCAUUGACGUCCCGUUUGCGUAG